UAGCUCCAGGUUUACUAUGGAACGGUUCCUCUGAGUUCACCGUGAAGGAACCGCAUGGAAACGACGCGCAGCAGACGGAACGUCCUCUGCUCCUCCGCCUCACGCUGAUGCACGUCGAUGCACGUCGAUGCACGGAGGGCCAUCUACGAGUUGAUGAUGGCCGUCCUGAACUUGUCCUUCGCUGCAUGUGGUUUCCUGGGGGUCUACCACCUGGGUGCUGUGGGGGCUCUCCUCCGCCACGGGGACAAGCUGCUGGGCUCCCUGGGGGGCUGUGCGGGGGCCUCGGCUGGGGCCCUGGUGGCUGCAGUCCUGGUCACGGCUCCGGAGAAGUUGGAGGAGUGUAAAGAGUUCACGUUCAGGUUCGCUGACAGUGUGAGACGACAGCGCUUCGGAGCUGUCACCCCAGGAUACGACUUCCUGCUCGCGCUGCGGGAGGGGAUAGAAGAGAUGCUGCCCAGCCAGGCUCACCGGCUGGCCACCGGCCGCCUCCACGUCUCUAUGACACACUCCAAAAGUGGCGAGAACCACAUCCUCUCCACAUUCAACUCCCGGGAGGAGCUCAUUACGGCGCUGCUGGCCAGCAGCUAUGUGCCCGUCUACGCUGGACUGAAACCCGUGGAAUUAAGAGGACAGAAAUGGAUUGACGGAGGGUUCACUGAUAGCCUGCCAGUUCUACCCACGGGACGCACCAUCACUCUGUCUCCCUUUGCUGGGCUUCAAGAUGUGUGCCCGGUCCACAGGGGGCGCUGCAACACUCACCUCAGACUGGCCAACAUGGACAUCAUGUUCUCCGUGGAGAACGUCCGCCGUCUGAAGCAGGCUCUGUUCCCUCCGCCCAGCCGCCGCAUGCAGUCGUUAUGUGACGACGGGUUCACCGACGCUGUGAGGUUCCUGAAGAGAGAGGCCUGGAUGAGCUGACGCUGCCUGAAGGAAAGAACCAAUUGUAAAGGGAUGGGGCCUGGAUCUUCUCAGAAGGUCGUCCAUACAACGGGGGACCUCUUCUCAUGUGUGAGUGUGUGAGCGUGGGUGAGGGUGUGAGAGGGUCAGUGAGGGGGUCAGUGAGGGGCCUCAAGUGUCUAAAGGAGAAUAAUGGCCCCAUCUGGACCCUUCCUUAUCUAUCUUCCUGGUGAGGUAAGGACUGUGAUUGCUCUUUCUAAACUAUGAAUACAAUGAGCUCUCUGUCUAGUCAUAUUCUUGGAUGAGUGCAGUGCAGAAGGGGGGGGGGGGGGGUGCAUACAAAUUCCUUAGGUGUCACUGUUAUCUUUCUUUAGAUCAGCUCAGGCGCCAGAGCGCCUUGCCGAAGUGUUCAACUCUCAUUCAGUGUUUUUCCACCUUACACAUAAUCUAUAUGCAAACAAUACUAGGCUGUGCUAAGCUAAAAUAUAUAUUCUUUACAAAAGGCAACGGAGAUAAGCCACGACGCUUCUCGCUGUGAGCGCUGCACGUGCAGACAGCAUUUAACAGAGCGGAGCAGGACGUGCACUCUGAUCGCUCUUUUAAUUAAGUAUCGAUACAAAAAAUAUGCUAAAUCACAUCGUUUUUAACAUACGGGUACUUUGUUAGUAUCGCUACACCGUGCAGCGUGACAGCAGCAGAUGUAGCGGACUAACAUUCAAGCUAACCUAACUUCCCAAACGCUGUCGACAUCUGCACGCUGAUUGGCCGAGACGCGACACGUCCCAUCAAAGAUGUUUUAUUGCGAAGAGCACCACUUCACAUUUUUACCAGGUCUCACUGCAAUCUCAACGGCAGCGAGCCAGGUGAAAAAAGAAAAAAAAUCGGAACGUGUCUCUGAUAUUGUUCAGGGGGCCACAUGGGGACCACUGCUCAGGAGAGGAAAGCUGUCAGUCUGUUUGUGACGGGUUCAUCCACAUGCUGACCAGUGGAUCUCCAGGACCUUUCCAUGACUUUAAACCAAAUUUCCAUGAUUAAACAUUUUGUGAAAACUCUGUCUAUACGUGACAAAGUGAGAAGAUGUAGUAUUUAAACUAACAAUGAGAAUUCCAAAGCAUACCGUAUAUAUACCGUGUAAAUUAAAAUGUGAAUAAAACUAAUUUUCAUUACUUUUCCAAAUAUUUUGAGAUUGUAUUUUUUUAAAUUACUUUUCUAUGCCUGCUAAUAGCCAUUUAAGAAUUCCAUGACUUUUCCAGGUUUUCCAUGACCGUACGGACCCCGUUUUGAAUAAAGGGUUGAAAAUUAAAGUUUUUUUGUUUUUUUAUUCGAUUAAUCGAUUAAUCGAUAAAAUAAUCAACCGAUUAAUCGAUUAUCAAAAUAAUCGUUAGUUGCAGCCCUAGUUGUUUCAGAAAAAGGAGGGAUAGAGGAGAUAGCUAAUGUACUACAGCUCAAGUGAGACCAUAGAGAGGGGCGAGCAGGUUGCACAAAGCAACUGGGAACCCUGUAAUGUGUCACGAGCUCAAGGUCAACACAGAACAAGGCGUUCACACAUGUUUGACCUCAAGUACAUUCUCCAUGAAAGCGGCAGAAGAUGAUCUCAAGUCAGAGAUUGCAAGCUACAGAAGAUGCAGAGACAGUUGUGACUGGUACCGAGAUAUGGCGUUCGAGGAGUGAUCAGGUCUGGCUGGCUCACAGCUUUGCAACCAAACACUUAACACAUUAAGAAACAAGCACCUACAUGAAGAAAUAUAUCUAGAGAACACAUUCACAGGAGCAGACUAUCGCCCAGGGAGGGGAUAGCAGAGUUCAUGGCGUGGCUUUGGAGAAUGUUUGAGAAAUGAACAAACCAGAGUUAAGUUUUUCUUUGAGCAGGUUACCGGAGCUCACCAGGAGCCAGUGGACUAAGUCCAGGCGAAUGGGGUGCUCUGAAGUCAUUGCAAGGACCUCAGAGCGCCCUCGAUGUAAGUGGUCUCACACAGUGACACCAUUUCACAUUUUUGUAAAUAUGUUCAUAUUUUGUUUUAUUCUGAGACAUUAGAGCGAGAGUUAGGACUGCAACAUAGGAAGAUGUGUGCAGACAACAUCGACUCUCACUGCUCACUGGUUCCUGUCAUAAUGGCACCAUCAGGUGCAAAUGUUUUGUUUUUCCCCAUAAGCUGUUUUAGGGUUCGAGCACGAGAGAGAAGGUUGCUGGACGAAUACCUGCCUGCUAUCAGAUCCUAGUAGGAUUUGAAUAUUUCUAUGCCCUAGUCAAGGGCCAUAGAUAGGAUCAAUUACAUUUAUCAUAAUUCAAUUCAAUUUCAAUUCAGUUUAUUUGUAUAGCCGAAUUUCACAAAUUACAAAUUUGUCUCGGAGUGCUUUACAAUCUAUACAUAUCCCUGACCUUUGACCUCACAUCGGAUAAGGAAAAACUCCCAAAUAACCCUUCAGGGAGAAAAAAGGGAAGAAACCUUCAUAACCAGUAAAGAUAAAUAAAGUUAGAUUGGAUAAGUAAUUGAGACUUUGUUGGACGACGGAUGUGCAUUUAAUAGAUGAUUCCUCCCACACGGGGUGAGAAGCUGUUCCUCCGACUGAGUUAAAGAUUGCGAAUUCAAUCCUAGAAAAUACUAGAUACUAGAAAUUAAAAUGUAGACAAUUUUUCACAGUCAAGUGUCACAUUCUGUAUCGAGCUGGCCUCGUGGCUGCUGUGUUGUGUUUUCUAAUUAUCUGCAACAGCUACACCUGACGCUCCAGCAUCGACCUUCAUCGUGUGCUGGCUGCCUGCUGUGAGGACCUGCCCUGAUGAGCUGCCCACAGGAGCAUCGGACACCGUCAUCAUCUGGCUCAGAGUGACUGAGGAGCAGACGGAGAGCCAUCCUGAGGACCCCUGCGAUGCCAUUCGGAGCAGAGGGACAGAUGACAUCAUGUGGAUAUGCAAAUCCACCGACGGACCGACGGCUCAGCCAGUGAGAACCAUGAGGAGUAAAUAUCUCCCCGAGGGCUGGGACCUUUGGGAUGACUGCAGAGAAAAGUGGAAUGCGGAGAAAAGAGGAAUGCGGAGAAAAGAGGAAUAAAGAGGAAUGCGGAGAAAAGAAGAAUGCAGAGAAAAGAGGAAUGCAGAGAAAAGAGGAAUGCUGAGGAACUAGAGAACUGGAGUUGCAGAGCAUGUAUGCGGAGGGACUGGAUUCACAGGGAUGCACAGACACCUGCACAGAUAGACACUCAGUGCACACACUACAUUAACCGGAACCAUCAGGACGGUAAGAUGUGUACCUGUGUGAUGAAUACAUUCACACUGACACUUAGUGUUAGUUAGUUUCCUUGAGAAGCAGGGAUGAAAGGAGGGAGUGAUCUUCUUCCACAGGGAUGCUGAAUGAUAAUGAGUGAUAUUAAAUUGUUGUUCAAUGUUUGAUGUUUACAUAGAGGGUCAAAAUAAAAGGGCUAUUACAUG